AUUCAGCUCACAUGGGGUAUGCCAAUGCCAAUCCUGUUGCCUGUUUAGUCAUUACAAAUAGAGAAAUCAAUAGAUUAAGAAGGAAAAACCACAAUACAAUUCUUGACGCAUGUCGAAGCUAGCAGUCAAUGUUGGGACCCAAUGCCACGCAUCAUAAGUCCUCACUUAUUAAUAAUGAUACUUUCCAUUGUCCAUACAUCAUCCCACUUCUUCUCACUUGCCUUCCAAUCUUACUACUCUUUCACAAAUGUAUUCCCUUUUCAGUGGUUUACAAAGCAUAAGCUCUGCUGGGGAGCAACACCACCAGAACACCAGUACCACUGCAACAAUGUGGAUGGGAGCAACAUCCAUGGCAGGGUGGUGGGCAGCUGCUGGUCCAACCAUUGCAAGUUUCAUGUUUGUGUGGGCUAUGAUUCAACAAUCUUGCCCCCGAGCAUUUCGUCAUUACUUUGAAAAAUACUCGUUGAGAUUCAUGAACUACUUCCAUCCUUACAUCCAGAUCUCAGUCCACGAAUAUGUUGGUGAACGCCUCAAGCGGAGUGAAGCUUUCUCAGCGGUUGAGUCAUAUCUCAGCAAAAAUUCAUCCCAAAGUGCUACACGACUCAAAGCUGAGAUAGGACAAGAUAGCACCAACUUGGUAUUGAGUAUGGAUGAUCAUGAAAAGGUGACCGAUGAAUUUCAAGGAGUAAAAGUAUGGUGGGUUUUAAACAUGACAGGUUCGUCGAAAAGUUCAGGCAAUUCUUUUCCAGAUCCUGAUAGGAGAUACUAUACACUCACGUUUCAUAAGCGGAGCAGAAAAUUAAUUACAGAAACAUAUUUGAAGCAUGUCUUGGGUGAAGGGAAAGAAAUCAGAGUGAGAAACAGGCAGAGGAAGCUUUUUACCAAUGGCUCUGGUGGUAGAUGGUAUUACAGCCAAACCAUGUGGAGCCACAUCGUAUUUGAGCACCCUGCAACAUUUGACACCAUAGCAAUGGAGUCAGAGAAAAAGCAGGAGAUUAUAGAUGAUUUAUUGACCUUCACCAGGAGCAAAGAGUUGUAUGCUCGAAUUGGGAAGGCAUGGAAACGUGGUUAUCUUUUAUAUGGUCCACCUGGGACAGGAAAGUCAACAAUGAUCGCUGCAAUGGCCAAUCUGCUAAAUUAUGAUGUUUAUGACCUGGAGCUCACUGCAGUGAAGAACAACACCCAGCUUCGAACACUUUUGAUCGAAACGACAAGUAAAUCGAUCGUUGUGAUUGAGGAUAUUGAUUGCUCACUUGAUCUUACAGGGCAGAGAAAGAAGAAAGAAGAAAAGUCUACAGAUGACAAAGAGAAAUCCCCCAAAGAAUCCUCAAAGAAAGAAGAGGACGACACCAGCAGUAAAGUCACUCUCUCGGGAUUGUUGAACUUCAUUGAUGGAUUAUGGUCAGCUAGUGGUGGGGAAAGACUUAUUGUUUUCACAACCAAUUAUGUGGAGAAGCUUGAUCCAGCCCUCAUUAGAACAGGUCGGAUGGACAAACAUAUUGAGCUUUCUUAUUGCAGCUUCGAGGCAUUCAAAGUGCUUGCAAAAAAUUACUUGAAUCUAGAGACUCAUCUCCUAUUUGAUCAAAUUAAAGAAUUGAUCAGAUGUGUCAAAAUCACCCCUGCUGAUGUUGCAGAGAACCUCAUGCCCAAGUCUCCUAAUGAUGAUCCUGACAAACUUCUUCGCAAAUUGAUCCAAACUCUAGAAGGGGUAAAAACUGCAGCAGUUGAAAGGGAAUCUCAAGAAGUAAAUCCUGAGGGUUUAACCAACUGAUCUUUAGUGAUAAACUAAAGGCCCCUGUCUAUAAGUUGAAUUAGCAGUCUUUGCUUUGUGUUUGUUAGGUUGGGUUUUGGGGCAGAGAAAUUGAUGAGAAUUCAGAAUAAGAAAUAGUUAUUUUCUUUUAUGAUAGCAGAUGAUGUUACCAUCAUUUAUAAA